UCAUAAUGCAGAAUCGAUGACAGAUGGAGGCGGAAGAUUCUGAUUCAGCAAGUAUAGAGUAUGAUUUUGAGACACAGCCGGGAAGUGUUGGUUUCAUGGUACUGGACUCGCAGUCAGAAUCUCAUUCCAAAAACCCAGACGAGGGUGAUGUGAUGCAGAUAUGGCCCGCCCUGCAGCCAAGAGAACAGAAAGAGGAAGAGGCUAAGACUUCCAGAAAAUGCAUUACCUCUGUAAUGGACACAUCUGGAGACGAACAAAAACCAGCAGAAGCUCCACAAAUUUUAGCCACUGAAACAGAACUAAGUGAGUCCGAGUUAGAAAUGGAAGUCACUGUGAUUGAGAAACCAGGAAAGACAGAGAGUCAAAAGCCAACAAUGAGUAGUAAUGGAAAGACUUCAGCAUUAUUCAGGUCUUUGUCUCCACAGGAUAUGUUUGAAAAUGAAGAUGAGGAUAGAGACAUCUGUACCCCAGCAGGGUUUGUGGGAUCUUUACAUUUAUCUAAUCAGCCCAUGCUAGUCCCUGAAACUACUGAGUCUGACCCCUUUCCCUCCACCCCUGAAGAAUUUGCUGAUCUCCCAAGAAUUAUACCCAGCUCACCCACUGAUGGGUCUUUUAAAGAUGACUCCGUAGAUAACCCAGCUCAGUAUGACCCUCAACAGGACCCCACCCUGGCAGAUGAUGUCACUGUUCUUCAGAAAAUGAAGUCUGAUAAACCUGAGGACCCAGUGAAGAAGACUCGGAGUUCCUCUGAGGAGAAAGAGGAAGAAGAGGAACAGAAGACCAAGUCAGAGUCAGUAGAGUAUGAUCCAAAGAGGGUGUCUACUUUGGCUGGGAAUUCAGAUGACCAAUCCUUACAUCUACACUACUCAGAGACUCAGAGGUCCUCAAAUGUACAGAAACACACAGCUGAUUCGGUAGAAGUUGUUGGAACUGAGUUCAUGGACGUCAUUUCUAUCCACAGCACUGAUCCUACAGAGAUGGACCAAGUGCCAGAAUCUCAGGAGUUGUCCUUGCGAUUGACACCAUCACAGAGUGAUAAAUCGGGCAGAGAAACAGAUAUAGAGGUAGUCCCAGACCAAAACAGAACAAGGCUUCCACUGGUCAAAAGUCAGGAUCUAGUCACAGAAAAGCAGACACUGCAGCAAAAGAGAAAAGCUUGUCUUUCUCAGCCAUCCAAACUGGAUAGAGACCAGGACAUAGAUGUUAGUGAACUUAGGAAAUUGGCUUCAGAGACCAAAAGCAGAGUAAUGGAUGUAACAAUGGCUUCUGAAUCAGAAAACUUUGCAUUGUCAUUGCCAAAAGAUGGGGAGCUUUUACAUCCAAAAAUAUUGAAUGGAAAAUCAUCCAAACCUGGAGUUGAAGACAAGGCAAGUGAAAGAACCAGUCAAGAAGCAGGGCCUAGUCAUUAUAUUCUGGAUAGUCCAGAGCAGGGGCCCAGUCAUCUAUGUGUGGAUCUAGAAGACACACCACCUGCAAUACCUGUGACAAUGGAGUCCCAUUCUGCAAUACCUGGGACAAUGGAGUCCCAAUCCCAGGUGUCCAGUCAUAGCUUUACCCUGAAGCAGCCAGAUGUACAGAACAUAAAAAUCAGGGACUCAGAGGAGACUCAAAAGAAUGUUUUCAGAAGUGUAACAGGGAGAGAUUCUCCACAGAAAAGACUGAUUCAAGAGGACAGUGAUGAUGAAGUAGUAGUAAUUGUGCACAAACGCAAAAAAUCUCAGCCAUUAAGUCAGGAUGAUUUAGAUGAGGUCGCCAGUCAUAUCACAAAGUCACAGUCAAAACUGACUGGAACCCCAGAAACUACUUCAGUGGAAAAGACAUCACAGCUGACAGACAAGGUGACAUCAGGAGGAACUCCAUUAAGGAAGGUUCCAUCUAUUUCUAGUGAGGGUAGCCAGUCGAGAGUAUCACUCCACAAGAAGACCUCAGUGUCUACAGAGGGGGGCUACCAGGCUAGCGUGGAGGAUGAGCAGAGUACCACUCACAUUGCUGAGCAGGAAGUAGUUGUUCAGAGUCACGAACCAGAACCCUUGAUAGCCAUUCCUGUACACAUCCCAGAGGAAGAAAAAGUGGAUCAAAACCGUGAACCUGAAACUACUCAGAUAAAAGUCACCAAAGCACAGAAGAAACGCAGACAACCAGCAAAUCCAAUUGUACAAACCCCUGUCUCUGGGAAGAAAAGAAAGAGCUUAACAAAGCUAAGGACAGGAGGUCGCAUCAGAAAAAGUUCUCAGAAAGAAACCACAGAAGCAGUAACCCCCACUUUGUUGACAACCCCUACAGUGACUACAACUUCAUCUACCAGCAGUGAGGAGAGCUCCCAGAUAAAUAUGACAAGGCCAAGUCUGCUAUCAGAGAGGUCAACCAUUGUGCUUUCUCCACCACUUGCCCGGGCAUCAUCCCUAGAAUCUGUUCUGGCCAAACCACCUCUGAUGUCCACUUCAGUGACCCCAACAAACAGACCAUCAAAGAUCAGGACCAGUCAAACAGAACCGAGGUUCAAGGUUCCACUGAGGAAGUCAUCAGAUCUAGAUCAACAACUGACUGCUUCACAAGAUGUUGAACGUAAGACCAUCAUUGUGAAGGUAAAGCAGUUUGAAGUUCGGACAGAAAUAACAGAGAUCAUAAGGCAGGGAAAGAUUGUAUCCAAGUCAGAGAAAGAGGUUUCAAAGGAACCCGUAACUAUUAAAGUGAAGACUUAUCAGGAAAUGGAGGCAUUGUCUCCAAGUACUCUGUCUCCAUCACGCACAGGAAGUUCCCUGACCUCGGGAGACCUUGGUGACAUAAGUUCAAGUCUUUCAAAGUCAGGUUCAUCUAAUGUUCCUUCUUCAUUGAGUGAACAUGAUGUACCAUCGAGGCAACCAAGCAUCUUAAGUCUGGAUGGCAGUACUGAGGUAUCACAGGUUAUCUCCCCUGUCCAGGAAUUAGCCGAGCCUGUAGACAGAGUUUUGGCACCGCUGCCUGUGGUUACUACCACCUCUCAAGUCCCAAAAGCUGCCUCCAUAAGAUCUGCUUCUUUUACACCUAAUGUCUCCACUGGAUUCGUUUUUGAUCCUGCAUCUGUCCAAGCCGAGUCAGUAGUCAGUAAACCCAGGACCAGUACUGGAGCUAGUAGAGAUAUCCCAGAGGAAAGACAGAAGGUUGGAUCUAGUGGAGAAGUCAGCUCUGAGGUUCCAUUUCAAGAUGAACAAAACAUCACAGCAACAUCAGAAACCACUGGUGUUGGACUGAUUAGAACUGAACCUGUUAAAGAUUCUAGGAUAAUGGCUAAGUGGAAGGAUGGAUAUUUUUAUCCGGGAACAAUACUGAGAGUGGAUGGAUCUAGGUACCAGGUAAAGUUUGAUGACGGAGACUCCUGCUGGGUCAGACACUCUCAGAUUCUGUGGGUGGAGCGACUCCCCUUGGGUCAACCUGUCAUGGUUCAGUCACAGGAUGGCUAUUUUGAUGCUGGUCUGAUUGUUGGCCAGGAAAAGAAGGGAGGGGUUGUCCAAUAUUCUGUGGAGAAGGACUCAGGGGAACAACGAAUGUUUCACAAGAGUCAGGUGAUCUUAAAUGAGGACCAGGCCAACCUGUUGUUGACUGACCUCCCAGUCUCCCCCCAGAAAUCUGCUCCCACUGUAGAGCCCAAUCCAGGCAAUGUUAGUCUGGAUAACCUUGUGGAAGGAAAGAGAAGGGCGGGCAGUAAGUAUGCUCAGAGUGAGUGGACCAAGUCCAGAGUCGGUAAAUCAUCAGAUUCUACAGAUACUACCAGCAAAUCUAAACCACACAGACCCUCAACCAGAAGAGCAGCCAACAAAACAGAGAAUUUUGAGGAACCCUCUACAUCAAAAGGUGUGAGGAAGAGUGAAGAGUCAGACCUAGAGAAACCUUCAACUUCAAGGGCCCUGAGGAAGAAAUUCCCACCCAUACCACAGAAAGCAACCAGUACACCUACACCAAAAGAAAAGGGGAAGGGCAAAAGGAAAGCAGUAGACCCUGAAUCCACCCCUACAUAUCCUGAUAUACCUGUGGCAGUUUCUCCUAUUGAACAUAGGAGAUCUCCCAGAAAGGUCAGACAAGGUUUAUUUGACAAAGAGAAGCAGCCCUCAAAUCCAUUGCCAUUUUCUGGUCUUGUGUUUCUGCUGACUUAUGUGGAGAAAUCCAGAGACUUUAAAGAAGAGGAAAAGGCUCUCCUGCGCAAUCCAAACUUGACCUCUGAUGAGAGCUCAGCAGAAAAUGAUGAUGAGGCUCCUUUUGAUAAACAAGACAUCACAAGGAGGAUCGUAGCUGGGGGAGGAAGGGUCCUCGACAAGUUUGACGAGGCUGAGAUUGCCAGUGCCAAGCAGUGUUUUCUGAUCUCUAAUUCCUACCAGAGGACCAUUAAAUACUUCCAGUGUUUGGCAGCAGCCAUUCCAUGUGUAUCUCACCUUUGGAUAAGGGAUUCAUCUUCUGAGGGAAUGUUGUUGGAUUACAAAGCUUACAAACUGCAAGCUGGAGUCAGUAUAGAAAAGAGGAAGCUAAUGGAAUGGUCUAACAGGAAAGGUGAUCUAAAGGGCUUAUCUGUGUUUGUGUCCUCAUCCCACAAGAAAUUCUUGGAGGAGUGGUCCUUUACACUGAGGUUAGCUGGAUGUCAGGUACUGGACAAGCUGCCAUCAGUAAAUUCUGGUACUCCUGUAAAUGUGAUAGUGACUGAUCUCACCUGUCCUAAAUCUGUGUUACGUUACAGCAAAAAGUACGCAAUCCCAUUGGUGGCCUCAGAGUGGGUCAUUCAGUGCUUAAUCAACGGUAGAAGACUGAGUUAUACAGGGCACCCUAGAUACAGUUAUGACUUUAAAGUGUGACGAAAUCAGAUGGUUUUAUGUUGGAUUCUGAUUCAUAUUAUAUAUAACUGCUCCUUAUAACUCCUGGAUCCACCACAUUUUCCACUCAUCAGGAAGAUACUCCUUAUCCAAUAGAUGUAUCUCAUAGUCUUGAUCAACUCAUAGCAUCGAGGAUUAGGUAGUAUGCAGCUAGUUAAUAAUGACCGUUAGAUGAUAAAUACUCUCUGAUGUGUUAGCCAUUAAUUAAAUAGACAGCGAACUGAAUGGGGAAAAGCUGUAUGUUCAUAUGUAUACAUGGAUAUGUUGUAUAUUUCAUUUUCAUGUGCAUUUUAUAUUUUUCAGUUUUAUCAUUUGUUGCUCCAAUCUAUAUGUACUUUUAGUAUUUCCCAUCUUCUGCUCUUAGUAGUAUUUUUAAUUUUUUUGUAAACACAGACAAAUGCUGUGUUAUGUAUAACUGCUCAUAAAAGAAUACAAGCUUUUUUAUACAUGCAUAUGAAUUCUCAUAGUUUUUAGCUCUACUGGUCAGAGACCAGAAGAGCUUAUGCGAUAGUAAGGUGUCCGUUGUCCGUCCGUCUAUCUAGCUGUCUGUCUGUCUGUAAACAGUUUUUCAAAACACUACUCCUCCUACAGUUUUGGUCUGAUUUCAAUAUAACUUGGCACACGAGUAGACUACACUAAGAUACAUAAUUUAGUGCAUCAGUUUUUGAUUUCGAUGAACGAUGUUGCCAUGGUUACUAAAAAUAGUGAGUUCUGUGAAAUUCUUUUAAAACGCUACUCCUCCUACAGUUUUGGUCUGAUUUCAAUAUAACUUGGCACACAAGUAGACUACACUAAGAUACAUAAUUUACUGCAUCGGAUUUUGAUUUCAAUGAACUGUGUUGCCAUGGUUACUAAAAAUAGAAAUUUCUGUGAAGUUCCUUUAAAACGUUACUCCUCCUAAAGUUUUGGUUGAUUUCAAUCUAAUUUGGCACACAAGUAGACUACACUACAAUACAUAAUAUGUGUUUCGGUUUUUGAUUUCAAUGAAUGCUAUUGUCAUGGUUACUAAAAAUAGAAAUUUCUGUGAAAUACUUUCAAAACUCUACUCCUCCUACAGUUUUCGUUCGAUUUUAAUAUAACUUGGCACAGAAGUAGACUACAUUAAGAUACAUAAUUCUAUUUAUUGUUGCGUGUUGCAAAGUUUCAAAUCCAAGUGCUACUUUUCCUUCAUUAUACGUACAGACCAGUAGAGCUACAGUCUCAUCAGAGACUUCUGGUUUAAAUAGAUUUUAUGAAUGCUUAGAAAAUGUGUAAAUGUUCAUGUAUGCUGAAAUAUACUUGUAAACUCAAAAGCAUUUUUACUACUUCUCCAUAACUUUCUAGUAUAGUACGAGUAUAAAUAUACAAAAACAUGUUGUGUUUUUGUUAAGACUUCUUAUUUGUUGGAGAAAACAUAGGACUUUGAAACAGAAUUUUAUUGCAUGAAAAAUAUUUUGAAUUUUUAUGUAAAAAAAAAAUUAACUUCGAAAACUAAACAGGAAGUCAACAUAUUUAUUUAGGAUUUUUUUUUAUGCAUUCUCUGUAUUACUUUAUAGAGAUGCUCACUGUUUUUAUAAACCUCAGAUUUUAUGAAAAUUGUAUUUUAUCAAUAUUUCUUUAAACAUGGUUGUGAAGUUAAGAAUAUUUUAAGGUUUAUGUAGUGACAAUUUUACUUGGUCUCCUCUUCACACCAGUGUCAUAUCUAUUCAUCAAAAAUUCAUUUGUGUAAUGUAACAAUGUGUAUGCUUCCUGUCAUUUUGUAUGUCCUCAGUGCCAAAAUGAAUGUUUUUCAGUGAUUAAACAUUAUGACUGAG